CACAGUAUUUAACGGCAGAAAGCGAGGCGGCUCCCCGGUGAACAGAAGGGAGGCGGACUCGGCGGAGACUCGGGCGGGAUUGUGUUGCGGCGGCGGAGGCGGCAGGGAAAAGAAGAAGCUUAAAGUCUGCGAGCGUAAAAAAAGGAAAGGAAAAGAGAAGGAAGUCCGACGACGAGACGACGCCGCCGCCGGUAGUUCUUGUUUUCGGUGGGAUUAACUUCGCGUCCUCUCGGCCGCGAUGUUCAGUUGGGUGAGACAGGAGCAAGGUGGACGGAACAAGGAAGGGGAGAUGUACCAGACGGUGACGGAGGGGCUCCAGACGCUCUACAGCAAGAAGCUCUUCCCUCUGGAGGAGACCUACCUCUUCCACGACUUCCACUCCCCGGCCCUGGAGGCUGCGGACUUCCACAGCAAACCCAUGGUGCUGCUGGUCGGCCAGUACUCCACGGGAAAAACCACCUUCAUCAGAUAUCUGUUGGAACAGGAUUUUCCGGGGAUGCGGAUCGGACCGGAGCCAACCACUGAUGGGUUUAUCGCUGUGAUGUACGGCGAGAACGAGGGCGUCGUCCCCGGCAAUGCCCUGGUGGUCGACCCCAAGAAACCGUUCAGGAAACUCAACGCUUUUGGAAACGCUUUCCUGAACAGGUUCAUCUGUUCCCAGAUGCCAAAUCAGGUCCUUCAGAGCAUCAGCAUCAUCGACACACCCGGCAUCCUGUCAGGAGAGAAACAGCGAAUCAGCCGAGGCUACGACUUUUCCGAGGUCCUACGUUGGUUCGGAGAGCGCGUGGAUCGGAUCAUCCUGCUGUUUGACGCUCACAAGCUGGACAUCUCGGAUGAGUUCUCCGAGGCCAUCAAGGCGUUCAGGGGACAGGACGACAAGAUCAGGGUGGUCCUCAACAAGGCUGACCAGGUAUGCAGGAGGUCCAGAAUCUCUGUACAGUAUAAAGAGGCUUGA